GUGCAGCGAAAUUACUCUUUAUAUCUUAUUCGGUUAAAGAUAUUGUCUGCGAGUAGUUCCGAGGGUUAGCGUGGGCUACAGGUUGAUGUGAAUACGUAGCUUAUUGAUAGUUUGUGGAAGGAGAUAUCGAGGAGACAAGAGGGAGAACUUUGAAGCCAUGAAUUGGUGAACUCGGAGUUGGAUGGUUGAGACUGUUAAGUCUGGGCCUCCAAUUAGCGUCACCCAGCUAACCACCAGCUAGCUAGGUUAAUGACUGUCAACUGUUUUCUGGCGUAUUGGGAGUCUUUAACAGCAAAGGGUCGCCGUCUACACGUUCUGUUCGCCCUCUGAAUGUGGUCUGUUCAAGAUAAUAAAUAGCUAGCUACACGCCCGAUAUUUGAACAUGGCCGUAUCAAGACUCGACCGUUUGUUUAUCCUGCUUGACACUGGAACAACCCCAGUAACGAGAAAAGCUGCAGCCCAGCAGCUUGGAGAUGUAGUCAAACUCCACCCGCAAGAGCUCAAUAAUCUUCUAUCAAAGGUCUUAACAUACCUUAGGAGUCCCAACUGGGACAGUCGUAUUGCAGCAGGGCAAGCUGUAGAAGCCAUUGUGAAGAAUAUUCCUGUGUGGGACCCAGCCCCUAAGCCUAAAGAAGAGUGCUGUGAAGACUUGUGUCCAGAGGACUCCUCAUGUGACCGGUUGACUUUCUACCACUUUGACAUCUCCCGCCUUGUUAAACAUGGAGCCUCUUUACUAGGAUCUGCUGGGGCUGAGUUUGAGAUACAGGAUGACAAGUCAGGUGAGGUGGACCCAAAGGAACGUCUGGCCCGCCAGAGGAAGCUCCUACAGAGGAAGUUGGGCCUGGACAUUGGUGCUGCUAUUGGCAUGGAUACAGAGGAGCUUUUCAACGAUGAGGACCUAGACUACCCUUGCCAAUCCAGUGGGUUUAGGUCCCAUGUAGGCAAGGCCACAGCUGGUUCCAGUUCUCGCAACCAUACGCCAAUGCAGGCUGCUGAGAUAAUCGACUCAGAAUUUCGGCCGGGCAUGAGCAGUCGUCAGAAGAAUAAAGCUAAGAGGAUGGCCAAGCUAGUGGCAAAACAAAGAUCCAGAGAUAUUGAUCCAAAUGAAAAAAGCAACGACAGUUUUGAAGGUGAACCUGAGGAAAAACGAAGGAAAACCACCAAUGUAGUAAUUGACCAACCAGCAGCAGAGCCUAAAGUCUUAAUCGAUAAUGUUCCAGAUGGGUCCAGUCUCUUGGAAGAGAUACAUGAGUGGCCACUGGAGAGUUUCUGUGAGGAGCUCUGCAAUGACCUCUUCAACCCCUCAUGGGAGGUUCGCCAUGGUGCAGGCACAGGUCUUAGGGAAAUUCUCAAGUCCUAUGGUGCAACGGGAGGGAAGCUGGUGGGAUGCACUGCAGAACAGAUGUCUCGGCAGCAUCAGGAGUGGCUAGAAGAUGUGGUCAUCAGACUGCUCUGUGUCUUCGCUCUGGAUCGCUUUGGUGACUUUGUAUCAGAUGAGGUGGUAGCGCCUGUCAGGGAGACCUGUGCCCAAACAUUGGGUGUUGCCCUUCGACACAUGACUGAGAGUGGGGUUUCCAUGACAGUGGACAUCCUACUGAAGCUGCUAAUCGAGGACCAAUGGGAAGUCCGGCAUGGAGGCUUGCUUGGGAUCAAGUAUGCUCUGGCUGUUCGACAGGACCUGAUCUCAGUUCUGCUGCCCCGGGUACUUCCUGCCAUAACAGAGGGCCUACAAGACCUUGAUGACGACGUGAGAGCUGUGGCAGCUGCAGCUCUCAUCCCUGUGGUGGAGGGCUUGGUCCAGUUUCUGCCCAAUAAGGUACCCUUCAUAGUGAACACAUUAUGGGAUGCUCUCCUGGAGUUGGACGACCUCACAGCCUCUACCAACAGCAUAAUGACCCUCUUGUCCUCAUUACUCACCUACCCCCAAGUGCGACACUGCAGCACGCAGCAGUCAUUGACAAUUCUUGUCCCUCGAGUUUGGCCAUUCUUGAGGCAUACCAUAUCAUCAGUCAGACGGGCAGCUCUGGAAACCCUUUUCACACUGCUGUCCAAAGCUGACCAGGGCUGUGCACUUUGGCUUAACCCUAUCCUCCAAGAUAUGCUGCGGCACAUCUUCCAGUCCUGCAUAUUGGAGAGCAAUCUGGAAAUUUUAGACCUCAUCCAAAAGGUGUGGAUGGAGCUGUUGCGUCAGGCACCCCAGCAGUAUGUGGUGGCAGCCAGUUGUCCUUGGAUGGGUGCCUGGCUCUGUCUAAUGAUGCAGGCGUCCCACAUUCCCAUAGACAUAAACAUGCUCCUAGAAGUCAAGGCUCGCUCCAAGGACAAGGCAGGAAUAAAGGCCCGUCAAGGGACCAAUCAGGUGAAAGAGACGGUCCAGGAGUACAUGGCAGGUACAGAAACUGUGACUGAUGACCCAGCAACAAGAGACUACGUUGUGGUUCGUGCUCGCCUCGUGGCUGCCAAGUUACUGGGGGCUCUUUGUAGGUGUAUCUGUGACCCUCAGCUCAACUCAGCUUCUCAGGAAAUUCGACCGGCAGAGUCUUUGGGCCAACUUCUGCUCUUCCAUCUCAACUCCAAAUCUGCCCUGCAGCGCAUUGCUGUGGCCUUGGUACUUUGUGAGUGGGCAGCAAUGCAGAAGGAGUGUCAGGUGGUGUCGGCAAUGGUGCAGCCUCGUCUGUUGGCCAUCCUGUCAGAGCAGUUGUACUAUGAUGAGAUCGCCAUCCCGUUCACCCGUAUGCAGAACGAGUGCAAGCAGCUCAUUGCUCUGUUGGCUGAUGCCCAAAUAGACCUUCGAGACCGCCUCAACUGUAGUGUUUUCACCAUUGAUCAAGCCAACGAGCUGGUAACCACUAUCUUCACCGAGUCGACAGCGAGUCUGAAUGUGAAGUCGAAACAGUGGCAGGCACUGGACGGCAAACAACAGCAGGCCCAGUCCACAGUAGCGGAGACCAGUGCGGAAUGGCAGCAGCUCCACUUGCGCGUUCACAUGUUCGCAGCCUGUGCGGUGAUCAACCUGCAGGUACUGCCCGAUAAACUCAAUCCAGUGGUGAGGCCACUGAUGGAAGCGGUGAAGAGGGAGGAGAACACCCUGGUUCAGGGAUACGCAGCAUCUUUUUUGGCCAAACUGCUGCAGCAAUGUGCCAGCCGCUCGCCAUGCCCCAACCUCAAGAUUAUCAAAAACCUCUGUGCCUCGGCAUGUGUGGAUCCAGUAGUCACCCCUUCCUCUGCUUGCCCCGUUCCACCAACACAAGAGACUGUCAAAGCUGGUGGGUCAGAGAAAGAUUGCAUGCACCAUAUGGUCAACAAAACUAAAGGAAUCAUCACCCUUUACCGUCACCAGAGGGCAGCGUUUGCCAUCACCAGUAAGAGAGGUCCUGCUCCAAAAACCCCAAAGACGCCCGCUACAGAGCUUCCUCCAGGCAGCACACUCAACAUGGAUAACGAUGAGAGUAAGAAGCCAUGCCUUGUUCAGCGACGAGGGGCAGAAUUCUCCCUGAUGACAAUUGCCAGGCACUUUGGUGCUGAUCUCAUCACGUCCCUGCCCUAUCUGUGGGAUAAUAUGGUGGGGCCACUGAGAAAAGCUGUAAAUGACAACCAAUGCAUUGAUGGGCAGGUGCAGCUUGAGAGGGGAGAUACGGAGGCUCAGGAACUUGUCAACUCUCUCCAAGUACUUGAGGUCACAGCAGGAGCCAUGGCUCUGGAACUCAAACCUUUGCUGCUGGAACACCUGCCCCACCUGUUCACCUGCCUGCAGCAUCCCUACACGGCGGUGCGACACAUGGCGGCCCGCUGCGUGGGUGUGCUUAGUAAGAUUGCGACACUGGAGACCAUGAACCAGUUCCUUGAGCGUGUGCUGCCCUGGUUGGCUGCAAUUGAAGACAGCACCAAACAGGAGGGCUCUAUUGAGGCCUUGGCCUGUGUUAUGGAACAGCUGGAUGUGGACAUUGUGCCCUACAUUGUGCUGCUGGUUGUACCAGUGUUGGGCCGCAUGAGUGAUCCCAGUGACAGCAUCCGCUUCAUGGCCACACAGUGCUUUGCUACACUGAUCCGACUGUUACCCCUGGAGGCAGGUAUACCUGAUCCUCCAGCCAUGUCUGCUGAUUUAAUUCGCCAAAAGGCUCGAGAACGCCAUUUCUUGGAGCAGCUACUAGAUGGCAGGAAGUUGGAGAACUACAAGAUUCCUGUGCCCAUUAAAGCUGAGCUCAGGAAGUACCAGCAGGAUGGAGUGAACUGGCUGUCCUUCCUAAACAAGUACAAGCUACAUGGGAUCCUGUGUGAUGACAUGGGCCUGGGCAAGACCCUGCAGUCCAUCUGCAUUCUGGCUGGGGACCACUACCUCAGGGCACAAGACUUUGCCAAGACAAAGGCAGCAGACUGUAGCCCCCUGCCCUCCCUGGUAGUCUGCCCUCCCACACUGACAGGCCACUGGGUGGACGAGGUAGGCAAGUUUUGCACCAAAGAGUACCUCAACCCCCUGCACUACACAGGGCCUCCUACUGAACGCGUGCGGUUGCAACACCAGGUGAAAAAGCACAAUCUCGUUGUAGCUUCUUAUGAUGUUGUACGAAAUGAUAUCGACUUUUUUAGGAAUAUCAAGUUUAAUUACUGUAUCCUUGAUGAGGGCCACGUUAUAAAGAAUGGGAAGACCAAACUCUCAAAGGCCAUCAAGCAGUUGGCUGCAAAUUUCCGUGUCAUUUUGUCAGGAACACCCAUCCAGAAUAAUGUCUUGGAGCUCUGGUCGCUGUUUGAUUUCCUCAUGCCAGGCUUUCUUGGAACGGAGCGUCAGUUUGCUGCUCGCUAUGGCAAGCCCAUCCUGGCCAGCCGCGAUGCCAAGAGUUCCUCACGGGAACAAGAGGCAGGUGUCCUGGCCAUGGAGGCUCUACACCGGCAGGUGUUGCCGUUCCUUCUGAGGAGGAUGAAGGAGGAUGUCCUUCAGGACCUCCCACCUAAAAUUAUUCAGGACUAUUACUGCAACCUAAGUCCCUUACAGGUUCAGUUGUAUGAGGACUUUGCCAAGUCUCGAGCCAAGGUUACUGUGGAGGACACCAUCUCUACGGCCUCCACACAGGAGGAGGAGAAACCCAAACUGAAGGCCACAGGCCAUGUCUUCCAGGCUCUGCAGUACCUGAGAAAGCUGUGUAACCACCCAGGGCUGGUCCUGAUCCCACAGCACCCAGAGUACAAACGCAUCACAGAGCAACUGGCAGCACAAAACACAAGCCUGCGAGACAUCCAGCACGCACCCAAGCUCUCUGCACUCAAACAGUUGCUACUGGACUGUGGUCUUGGCGGUGGCGGCGUCUCGGAAGGUGGUACUGAGGCAGUGGUGGCACAGCAUCGUGUGUUGAUCUUCUGCCAGCUGAAGAGUAUGCUUGAUAUUGUUGAGCAUGACCUUCUGAAACCCAAAUUGCCUGGUGUCACCUACCUACGGCUGGACGGCAGUGUGCAGGCUGGCCUGCGCCACUCCAUAGUGUCCAGGUUUAACAACGACCCGUCCAUUGAUGUGCUGCUGCUGACCACCCAUGUAGGCGGUCUAGGUCUCAACCUGACAGGAGCAGAUACAGUGGUCUUUGUGGAACAUGACUGGAACCCCAUGAGGGACUUGCAGGCCAUGGAUCGUGCACACAGGAUAGGACAGAAAAGGGUGGUUAAUGUGUACAGGCUAAUCACACGAGGCACGCUAGAGGAAAAGAUUAUGGGCCUGCAGAAGUUCAAGAUGAGCAUUGCCAACACAGUCAUUAGCCAAGACAACGCCAGCUUGCAGAGCAUGGGCACUGACCAGCUCCUCAACCUCUUCACCCUCGAUAAGGAUGGCAAGUGUGAGAAGGGUGAGCCAUCACCGUCAACCUCUGGGAAGGCCUCUAUGAAGUCCGUGUUGGAGGGGCUGGGAGAGUUAUGGGAUCAGCAGCAGUAUGACACAGAGUACAACCUGGACAGCUUCAUGCACUCGUUGCAGUAGCACCUUGUGACAGACCCAGUCCCAACCCACAAGGCACUCCCCUUUAAUCAUGGUUAUCCCAACAUCCAACCCAGCAGGGCCUAGUCAGAAGCCAGUGUGAAGCCCCUCCUUCCCGAAGGAAUCGAACUGGAGAUUCGGUGCAUGUGCACACACCUAGCACAAGAACCAUAAAGGCCACCAUCAAAGAUACAAUGUCUUUAUCAGUAUAAAGUCAGUUUUCCCAAAGCAAUAACAACAAACAUCCUCUACGACUUCUAAGAUCUCAAAACUUGACCCUCAAACAUACACACCCUUCUCUUGUAAGUUAAAUGUACCAUUUAUGUUUAUAAUGCCAGGUGCCACCUUUAAACUCCAGCAUCCUCCUCUCAUGCUUUGAUAAGUGUUCAGUGUUAACAGCUUCGAACAUUAUUACCCCUCAUGUACAUGGCUCCCUAUUUGGAUUUUUUUUUAAAGCACUCCAGUAACCAUCUAAACCUGUCCAGAUUUGUAUGGCUGGUAGAUACAAAACAGGUUUUUGUAUGAUGAAGGGGUGUGUGUGUGUGUGUGUGUGCAUGCGUGCGUGCGUGUGUGUAUGCACGUUGUUUGCUAUUGAAAACAGCGUCACCAUGGAGCGCUUCAUUUUCUUAUAGCAGGUUGUGAUUGUGCUAUGCUGUGACUCAAAUGAGCUUGUUUGGGAGUUGGGAAGUGGACAGGCCAGCACCAGAGAACUCUCCCUCAUCCUCCAGGUGGAACUAAGCACAACUCACACCUGGUGAGCACAUUAAAACGGCUUUUGGCCACCGAACAAGGUUUGGUUUUUACAGGACGAAGAGGUGGGAGGAUGUGUGUUCUGAACUGUUCUUCUUAAGGUGAAAUUACUUUGAAAAGCCCUGCACUGAGGCAGCAUCACAUGGACUUAACCUUGGGGCCAAACGGAAACUGGUACCAGAGACUUGUCACUUAAGUAUUUUGAGAUAAUAUUGCAGAAUUGUAAAUAUUUCUGUAAUUGAUUUUU